AUGGAAUCUAUAAAUUUUGGCGAUGGAAAUUCAGGUUGCCAGGUAGGGAUCAACAAUGGGGUGAUGAGUUUCACACCUAAACAACCAGAGCUUCGCCCAGAGCCACUAUGGACCGUGCCGUUUCCGCAUGACCCGGACUUUGUUAGCCGCGAUGGAAUUCUUAAAACAAUCCACGAGAAAUCGUCAGUCCCGGGGUCUAGGAUAGUUCUCGUUGGUCUCGGCGGUGUGGGGAAAACUCGGCUUGUUAUCGAAUACUGCCACCGGGUCCGACAGCAAUCAACCGACACCUGGGUCUUCUGGGUUCAUGCGAGCACUGCGGCUCGCUGCGAAGAAAGUCUCCGCAACCUGGCCGACCGCGCUAAGAUUCCCGGGCGCGAGGACCGCAACGUUAAUAUAUUCCAACUCUUCGGGAACUGGUUGCAAGAUGGAAAUAUCGGAAAAUGGAUCCUUGUCCUGGAUAAUGUAGAUGAUGACGGGCUCCUUCGCAACCCACUGGCAACUCGUACGGACGCACGAGCGAACGUACAGGACCAUACCUCGAUGCAGCCACCGCUAAGGUACCUCCUCGGAGCCUCGAAUGGCUCCAUAAUUAUCACAAGCCGGAAUAAAGCAGUCGCAUCGGAAAUCGCUGGCCAUAAGAAGAACCUGAUCGAUGUACAACCAAUGAAUAUGCCCGAGGCACUAGAUCUAAUGCAGCACAAGCUAGGUUCAUAUGCAGAGAGAGCGGACUUGGUCCAGCUUGUGACGGAACUUGAAUUCAUGCCGCUGGCGAUUAUACAAGCGGCUAGCUACAUCGCGCACCGUUCACCCCGUUGCUCGGUAUCGCAAUACCUCGAAAAGCUUCGGCAGAGUGAUCGUCAAGCCACGAAGCUUCUGAAUCAUGAGGAACUUCUUACAGACCGAGACUGGGAAGCAAAGAACUCCAUUCUACUGACAUGGCAAAUAUCGUUCGACCAUAUCCGACGAAUAAGGCAGUCUGCGGCUGAUUUACUGUCUUUGAUGAGCUUUUUCGACUGGCAGGGAAUCCCAGAGGAUCUUCUACGAGUUCAGGAGAUGGCAAAAAAUCAUGAAGUUUUAGGUUCUUUGGAGGAAUUUGCGAAUAGCCCUAGUGGAGAGGACACAGAAAGUUCGUCUGAAUAUGACCUAGAUGACAAUUUCGAGAGCGAUAUUACAACUCUCAGAGACUAUUCCUUCGUUACUACGAAUGAAAAUUGCAUGGUGUUCACAAUGCAUCGGCUAGUGCAGCUCACAGUACGCACGUGGUUGAAAACAGACGGCCAGUACGAAGAUUGGAAGGAACGGUUCAUUAAAAAUCUACAUGCUGAAUUUCCGACUGGUCAAUAUGAACACUGGGAGAGAUGCCGGACGCUCUUUCCACAUGUCAAGUCAGCUAUGUCGCAUCGACCGAAAUCGCAAGACUGUCUCCGAAGCUGGGCUGGGUUACUUUACAAAGGGGCGUGCUGGAGAGAGGCAGAGCAGCUUGAGAUGCAGGUGAUGGGAACUCGCAAGACGAAGCUCGGUGUGGACCAUCCUGACACGCUGUCGAGCAUGGCCAACCUAGCAUUGACGUAUAUAGACCAGGGCCGAUGGGAGGAGGCAGAGCAGCUCCUUGUGCAGGUGAUAAAGACUUAUAAGACGAAGCUCGGCGUGGAUCAUCCUGACAUGAUGACGAGGAUGGCCGACCUAGCAUUGACGUAUAUGAACCAGGGCCGAUGGGAGGAGGCGGAGCAUCUUGAGAUGCAGGUGAUGGGAACUCGCAAGACGAAGCUCGGUGUGGACCAUCCUAACACGCUGACGAGUAUGGCCAACCUGGCGUCGACGUAUAUGAACCAGGGCCGAUGGGAGGAGGCGGACCAACUCUUUGUGCAGGUGAUGAAGACUCGCAAGACGAAGCUCGGCGUGGAUCAUCCCUCUACACUGACAAGCAUGGCCAACCUGGCAUUGGCAUUCGGGAACCAGGGCCGAUGGGAGGAGGCAGAGCAGCUCCUUGUGCAAGUGAUAGAGACUUGCAAGACAAAGCUUGGCGUGGACCAUCCUAACACGCUGACGAGUAUGGCCAACCUGGCGUCGACGUAUAUAUACCAGGGCCGAUGGGAUGAGGCAGAGCAGCUCCUUGUGCAGGUGAUAGAGACUUGCAAGACAAAGCUUGGCGUGGACCAUCCUAACACGCUAACGAGCAUGGCCAACCUUGCAUUGGCAUUCGGGAACCAGGGCCGAUGGGAGGAGGCGGAGCAGCUCGAGGUACAUGUGAUAGAGACUUGCAAGACAAAGCUCGGCGUGGACCAUCCUAACACGCUGACGAGCAUGGCCAACCUGGCGCAUACCCUUAGGUCAUCGGGUCAAUGCACAGCCGCUUUGCAGUUGAUGACCGAAUGCGUUCAACUUUGCGACCGAAAACUAGGCCCUAACCAUCCGCAUACUGCAUCUUCUAAGUCUGCUUUGAACGAAUGGCGCGGAACGGUCGAUUCCCUGUCUUCCCAGCUCACUAAACCGCCGACGGACACCAAAAAGUCCUCAAUCCUAGGCAGUUCCAUAGAAACCUCUGAGCAGGUUUAG